AUGAGCACACUGGACAGUAAAAAGCAGUUUACUAUUGUCGUGAAAAUUGGGUCGUCAUCCUUGGUUGAUGCUGUCACCAGGGAGCCCAGAAUUGCAAACAUGGCCCUCAUUGUCGAAACCAUUACCAAACUUCGUCGUCAAGGACACAGGAUUAUCAUAGUGUCAUCAGGAGCUAUUGCAUUCGGCAUGAAAGUAAUGCGUUUGGAGAAGAAACCAUCUAAACUAUCUGCUGUACAAGCGUUAGCCUCCAUUGGACAGGGCAGAUUGAUAGGCUUGUUUAAUGAUAUGUUUCGACAAAUGGAUCAGACUACAGCACAAAUCUUGAUAACAAGGAACGAUAUAGUGGAUUACACUCAGUACAAGAAUGCUCAAAAUACAAUCAACGAAUUGCUAGAAUUGGGCGUGAUCCCAAUUGUCAAUGAAAACGACACCUUAUCCGUUUCCGAGAUCAAGUUUGGCGACAAUGACACUCUAUCUGCUAUAACUGCAGGUAUGAUCCAUGCGGACUACUUGUUCCUCAUGACAGACGUUGAAUGUUUGUACAGUGAUAACCCAAGGACGAACCCAAACGCAGAACCUAUUUUGGUAGUUGACAAUAUUGACGAUUUGAAUGUGAGCACAAAUGACGAGGCCGGAGCAGGCUCCAAUGUUGGGACGGGUGGAAUGACGACCAAAUUGAUUGCCGCCGGUCUCGCCACCAAUGUUGGUGUUACUACAAUCAUCACUUUAUCUACUCAACCGCAUUAUAUUCUCGACAUUGUUGCUCAUAUCCAGUCUCAAAGGGAGGGAAUUAGCAUUGCAGAGCAACGAGAUAUUUUGCAAAGAGACAUCGCAAACAAAAUAAUCCCAUUACAUACAAGGUUCCUUAGUUUACCCCAGGAUAGUCAAAUCAAAUCAGACAAACGAUUCUGGAUUCUUCAUGGCUUGAAAACCAAAGGGGCAUUAAUUAUAGACGAAGGAUGUUUUACUGCUCUUACAAGGAGAGAUAGGGCAGGUCUUUUACCUGCCGGGGUUAUCGAUGUUGUGGGAAACUUCCAUGAAAAUGAAUGUGUCUCGAUAAAGGUUGUUGCAGAUAGAACCAAGUUGUCCAGUCAAGAUAUGGUUGAGGUUGGUCACUGUCGUGUUAAUUACACUGCCAAUGAAAUAAGAAUGAUCAAGGGUCAUAGAAGCAACCAGAUAGAGUCUAUUUUGGGGUAUGCCGAUAGUGAAUACGUUGCCCAUAGAGACAACUUAGCCUUCCCACCGGUUACCCCUUCCUCCUCAAACUAA